AUGCAGUGGGACACAGUGCCAACGAUUUCCAUCUCUCUACGUUUCGCCGAUCUUCAUCUAAUUGGUGAGACUGGUGUGGCCUCCCACUUGGCUCCUAUUCUAAGCCAACUUGACGCGUGGAUAAGCCAGUUGGCAAAUUGUCUGCCGGGUCAUUGCAUAGAUCAGCUGCUCUCGCAGUUAUCUUCAACAGCUGGGGCCAAAGCGACCUUUAGGAUGGACAAAGUGACCGUUGGUCAGAAUGAGAAUGCCUAUGGCCUUGACCAAGAGAGUAGUGACCAUAAUCUUGGCCUCCAGGCGUCUGCUAUCACCGAUGGGCAUUUGCGUGAACGAUUUGAUGCCCUGAUGCUCAUCAGAUUUGCAGGUCUAGCGAGUCCGGAGCAAAAACACCGGAUACAACAGGUUGAUUGGAACGGUUUGCGGACACAUCUAAUGUGUUGGCAGGCUGGUCUAAAAGCGGCAGCAGCAUUAGUUACGUAUAGCAGCGAGCAGGUGAACGACUCGAUGAGCGGAAGAAGCCAAUAUAUGUCAGAAAAUCGGCAAAAUGAGUCAUCCGGAAUAGAUGUUGACGUAGUAAGCCAGGAUAAUUUAGGUGCUGUUGCCACAUCACUACUCCCCGAUAUCAAGUCACGAAUAGUUCAUGUUGAGCAGGAAGAACAAGACGCUGAACAGAGGAAUUCGCCAAUGAGAGAGGGAUACCAAGGCUUGGAAUCUUCGGCUCCUUCAUGCAGUACUAUAUCACCAGUGAAUAGAGGGAGUAAAAGUGGCUCUUGUAAAAGCUUGGUGAGGAGAAUGGCCGUACUCACUGAUGAUGCCGACUAA